GGCGGGGCGGAAGGGGCGGGGGUGCCGGGAAACUGACGGCCAUGGGCGAGCUGUGCCCGCGGGAUGGGGAUGGGAGCGCCUACAGCCUCCGGCCCGGGCUGCAGCGGCGAUUUAAAUCAUCCACAGUAAAAGAAUGCAUCCAUGCGAUACUGAAGGAGAAGCUGGCUAACGUACAGUUCAUCCCAGAAGAAAUACCUCAGCUUACAAAGUCUUUAUCAGAGAUAAUAAAAGACAGACUGAAACAGGAGGGAUUUGACAGGUACAAAAUGGUGGUGCAGGUUGUGAUUGGAGAGCAGAGAGGAGAAGGAGUGAACAUGGCUGCACGAUGUUUCUGGGAUGCUGACACUGACAGCUAUGCUCACGAUGUGUUCAUGAAUGACAGCCUGUUUUGUGUGGUGGCUGCAUUUGGCUGCUUCUACUAUUGAAGAUGCCAAACACUGCAGGGAACAGGGGUGGGGGAGAACGCCUUAGGGUAUUUUUUGUUAACAUGCACAAAAGCAUUGUGUUCUUCCUUUAGUACCUGACAGAGUAACAGCUCUACCAAGUAUGUCCUAUAUGUCUUCUACACACUACAACAUUCCUUCUUCCUUGUGGAUAUCAAUAUAGCUUUAAGGACAAUAAUAAUAUGCCCUUUAUUUAAACCAUCCUUUGUUUUUAUAUAGUGUGUUGGGUUUGUCCGAAAAAAAGCAUAUUGCCAGUAGCCAGUGUUUCCAAGGCAAACUCAACUGUCAUCUUGAAAUUCAUUUGUUAAUGAAUGAAAUAUUUAUAAGAAAUGCAAGAUAAUAAAUCUAUGUAU